GCCACAACAGUGAGAGGCCCGCCUACCGCAAAAAAAAAAAAAAACAACAACAACAACCCUGUGGGAUGAAACAUGGCCCUGAUUUGUAACACUUUCUGGCUUCUGUGAUACAGUUAUUCCCACCGUGGCCAAUUACAUUUGUGCAUAUGUGGGAUAAGUACCGGAUGGCCAGAGGGGUGGGGGUUACUAGAAUGAUCAGCAUGCCCAGAGAUGACAGUGGGGUCAGGAGGGCGUUUGUGGAUGAGCUCGGCUUCAGGCAUAGUUCAGGUAAGGAAGAAUGUGAUCAUCCGGGUUUAAACUUCACGUGCGUGCCCCAGACCCUGGGGUUUGCCGUCCCCUGAGGAGUUUCCCUGCCACCUGAUGGACCAUUACUUGUGCCUCCUUCCUUCUCUUCAGAACCUCUCCGGAAACCCCAAGAAGUUGACCCAGAUCUGGAAUCUGGAGAGAGUGUGGAGUAUUAGGAAACAUCCUAGUACGUGCAAGCUAGAGCUUGAGUCACUGCCCAGACUCUUAGGCCUUGAGGCUCAUGCUGGGCCGGGAUAACUUUUGGGGAUUGUGUCUACAAGUUGGUGUCCCGUUAAGGGAAUCUAGUUAUGAUGUAAUUCCUGUCUCCCCCGCUGGUACAUGGGAUAGCUGUGCUAGACUGAUUGGCGUGUGCUUCAUCUCCCACUUGGAGCCUGACUCCCAUACAACCAGAGGUGUGUAGGGCAGUCGGGGAGGUAGAGAGACUGAGAUACAGGAGCCCUGUCCUUAAUUGGGCACUUCCGCUUGGCUAAGUGCUUCCACUCAGGAGCCCAGAGCUAAAACCCAGCCCCUGUCCUUCUCCACCUGAGUGGGUGAUGGAGCCCUGCCCUCUUCCAGCUCUAUGACCUUGGGUAAAUAAUUGAACCUCUUUACAUCUCAAUUUUCUAGCUUAUUAAAUGGAAAUGAUAAGACCUUUUUCCCACGUAUCUUCACAGCCAUGAGUAGACCCGUGUUUUCAAGGGUAUUGCAGAUCACUUGUUUUCCUUAGCCGGGCCAACACACUCCUGAGGAAUGAACCGACUUGCAGAGGGAUCCUCUUGCCCAGUGCUCUGCAGGACCUGUGGGAGAUGAUUAAUGACAGUCCUUACCAAGGAGGUGUUUUCUUCCUGACCAUCCACUUUCCUACAGAUUAUCCUUUCAAGCCCCCAAAGGUACAACAGACUAGCGAGAGUGGACACAGAAAUAUGCUGUGCAGAAGAGAAGAUACGGAAACUUUUAACAGGCGAGUCCCAGGUCAGUCACUGGACAGCAGCUCUGAAAAGCUAACGGCGGGAGUGAUACAUUCUCUUCUCUGCGGACCAGAGAUAUCAUGGAGAUGCAUGGUCUUAAGCAAUCGAUCCAACAUGAACAAAUGACUUAGCUCUGGCCAGAAGUGUCUCAGUUUGCAGGACGGUGCUGAGAUCUUGAUCCUUUGUCAGGCUAGGGGAAGACCCAAGAGUUCCAAGAACACGGCACAGGGUCAGUCUCCCGACAAGGGAUGAAAACACCAGAACACCAAUGUCCAACGGCCUGGCAGCUCACAGCUGAGCUGUGUGUCAGCACCGUGGGGUCCCACACCACCCGACUGCAGAUGCUCAAGGAUGGGCCGGUUUCUGUCUCUGAAAUUCAGGAGACAGUCUCCUGGAGUUCCAGAGAGGUGCUUAUGGGACUGGUCUGCAGAACUCCUGGCCCGAUGCCUGUCCUGGCAGAGGCUGAGAAAGCUUGAGAGCAACAUAGGCCACCCAUCCCUCCCGCCCUCGCCCGCCCAUCCCUCCUAUGCCUCUGUUCCUCCAGCUCUUCUCGCUGCGACACAUGCUCCCUCCCUGGCAGUACUGGGUGAGGAUUGGAUGAGGAUUAGAUCUAGCCGUGAAAGCUGGUCCUCUGAGAAACGGAGGAUGGCUUCCCAGGGUUACCAGCCUGGGUCCUUGGACUAUUUAAUCAAUAGAAAUUGAUGAGAGACCAGACAAGAAAUUCCAGCAAGGCUUUAGUGGGACUUGAGCGGCAGCAGGGGGAGUGAGAACAAGUAGCAGGUGCGCUUGCUCGCUCCCCGAGCCGGAGUGGGCGUGGAGGGGUGGCUUCGGUGAUCUGCGCACCCCCUUGCCGGUGCCGUGUGCGGGGAUCAUGUGCAGCCCCCCGCUUUUGCUCCGCGCACCUCAGAAAUGGCAAGUGGGUUUUGGCCUUUUUGUAUCUUACUGCUCAUAACGGACCCCACCUGCGCACGCGUGCAGUUAUGUUUUAGUCCCUUCGAGUUUCUUUCUAUUCUGUUGCUUGAGGAGAGGAGGCGUUUGUCCAGGUGCAAGCACUCCAGGAAAGGGUCCCAAGUCCCAGGUCCCAGCCUAUCUCGCCAGCACCCGCAAGACAGCAGCCUGGUGCCACGCAGGCAGGCAACGCUCACCCCUCAGGUCUGGUGUUCUCCCCCGGCCCGUCUGCUGGUCUCCUCAUGACCACCACCAGGGUUUCUGUUCUGUUGUCAGAGAGAUUUUAUUAAAAACAAAACCAAAAAGCUAUAGAAAAUCUGCAAACCCCCUAUCAGACCAAAUAGUGGCUUCUUGACUUUCCUUAAAAAAAAGUCUCCUUCUUAUCCCAUCUCCACCCCACUUCUCCCAGCCUCCCAAUUCUCACCCUUCAGAGAGGCCCACUUGGUGUAUCCAGCUCCCUACCACAGAGCUUCCCUCGGGGUGCAGGGGCUUGGCUACCUCUCUUUGGGAGGUAAUGACAGAACUGCCCCGUUGGAGCCUGCCUCUCACCCCUGCUGCCCACCCCUAUCACCGCAACAGCUCAAGGGCCUACUCACAGGCGGGGGAGGGAAGACCACAGGCCUCAGGAAGGAGGUGGGACUAGGGUCAGGUCUAAUGGAUGGACGGGGGAGAGGGUCCUGCAGGCAAAGGGAGCCCUUCAACAGAGGCUGGGUUCCAGCAUAUUCUGGGAGCUGACUCAGCACCUGGGGAUACUUCUGCACAUGGCCCUUCCCAAACUGGGGCCCUGUUACCUUCUGGCAGCCACAGGGGUCACCAGGACACUAGGGUAAAUGGAAUCACAGGGCUGACCUUUCCGGAGAAUCACUGAAGGCAGAGGAGUGGCAGGAUGAAUACAAAUGUUCAUACUAAGUGGAUGGUACACUUCAUAUAAGCUGGUGUGUAAGACCAUUUCACACCCUAGACCCCCAGGGAAACAAGCACCGUCGCUGGACCAGGGACCUGUUAGGGGCAAGGACACAGGCACAAAGCUGCAUCUAUCUAGCCCUCUAUCCAUGUGAAGAAAGACGUGCCGUUAGGCCUGGGCCCAGCCUGGCCUCAGAGUUUGUUCUCGGGAGCAAUAAUGGCCUGGCUAGGGCACAGGAAAGAAGGUCAGCAGUGCUCAAUGGGCAAAAUGAUCCAACAGCUCCAGAAACAAGGAUGCGGAUGGAGGCAUGGGCCAUGAAGUUGAGGGUGGCAGAAGCAAGGGAUUAAGGCUUCUGAGGAAAGUUGAAAGUUCCGUGUCAAAUGUCCAGCAGUGGGAAUUCCCUGGCAGUCCAGGGGUUAGGACUCUGCACUUCCACUGCAGGGGCCACGGGUUCAGUCCCUGGUGUGGGAACUAAGAUCCUGUAUGCCGCGUGGUGUAGCCACAAUAUAUAUGUAUGUAUGUCCAGCAUGCAGGCUCAGGAUGCCUUCAUCCUGAAACAGGAGGGACUCACAGAACCUGUUGAUAUCUUUGGGUUUAAAAUGUCGGCAAAGGGGCUUCCCUGGUGGCGCAGUGGUUGAGAGUCCGCCUGCCGAUGCAGGGGACGCGGGUUCCUGCCCCGGUCCGGGAAGAUCCCACAUGCCGCGG